AUGCUCUCAUGGUCAAUCACAUAUGGAGUUUGCUAUCUCUUCGAGAAUCCUUAUGGGUCAAAUGGAUCCACUCGUAUCGUAUUCGUAGUAGAAGUUUUUGGGAUAUUCUGGUUGGAAGGGAGGAAAAUGCUUGGGCUUAGACAUUUACUUAGAGAUCAUAUAUGGAUAAACGUGGGAAAUGGUAUGAGAACUUUUGCUUGGUUUGACAAAUGGGAUGACAUAUGUCCGAUAGCGAGAAUGAUUACUCCGAGGAUGAUAGCUAAUGUCGGGUUCAGUAUGACUACUAAAUUGGCGGAGGUUUGUGAAUAUGGAGAAUGGCUUUGGCCAGACGUGUGGACGGCUCGAUAUCCUGCUCUUGCUCAGCUUCAGAUUGUUACAAUAGAUCAGACGAGACAAGAUAGACUGGAAUGGAAAACAAGUUCAGGUCAAAGUGUGGAGUUUAACACAGCGACGGCUUGGGAUGCCAUUCGGUUCAAGCAGAAUGAGGUUUCUUGGGCCAAGCUCGCUUGGUUUCCGCAGGCUAUACCCCGCCACUCGUUUCUAAUGUGGCUUCUGGUGCAAAAAGUUGAAGAAUCAAGAUAUUAUCAGUAG